GCUCCACUUCCGCGUCUCCUCGGCUUUAGAUUGUUUGGGCGCGAAUAGCUCUGUGCUGGGCUCCCAGAAGGGUUCAGGAGGAAUCAGCGAUUAAAAUGCCUGGUAAAGCAAGUGCUUCCAAGAAAAAGUCUGAACAGUUACAAAGAAAUCCAAAAAGAAAAAUUGAUGAUGAUGAAAUGAAGUUGUCCGAGAAAGAGAUGAGAAACACAGUGAAAAGAAAUAAAAAUCAUCCAAAGCAUCUGUCUUCUGAAGGACAAACAAAGCAUACUAAUCUAAAACUGGUGAAGAUAGCACCCAACAAGAGGAAAACCUGGCAACCUCUUUCAAAGAGUAGCAGAGAGCAUUUGCAAGCUAUGAUGGAAUCAGCAAUAAUACCAAUUUUAAUUAAGAGUAUUAGAGAACAAGAACAAAUUCAAUAUCAUCUUAACUUCUUGAAGAAAAGAUUGCUACAACUGUGUGAAACCCUAAAAGUCCCUCCCAAAAAGCUGAAAGAUUUAGCUAAUGUGUCAAGUUUACUGAAAAUGGAAAGUGCACAGAACAGAGCUAAUGAAGAAGGUCUGGCAUCGUUGCAGGAAGAAAUACAUAAAAUAGUAGAAACCGUAGAGGUAAUGACUGGGAAUAUUCAGGGCCUAAAGAACAAAAUUCAAAUUCUGGCAAGUGAGGUGGAAGAAGAGGAGGAGAAAGUAAAACAGAUGCUUCAAAUGGAUUGUAGUGGGGUACUUUCUCUUCCAGAACUUUCUCAGAACAGUCUCAGAGCACCUACACUUCAGAAAGAAAUUUUGACACUAAUUCCAAACCAGAAUGCUCUUCUAAAGGACUUGGAUGUUCUUCAUAAUUCAUCCCAGAUGAAAGACAUGUUAACAUUCAUUGAAGAAGCCUAUAAGAAACUGGAUGCCUCUUAAAAGUUGUUUUUUGUUUUGGGGGUUUUUUUUAGGUUGUUUCAUAUUAAAUUAAUGGUUUUGAAUUUGUAAAAUUUAACCUAUGAUGAUAUUACAGAGGCUGAGGCUUCUGCAAGAUUCAUUAUCCCCUAAUAUGCACUUUAAAAUUACCUGUGUAGAUCUGUCACUAGUAUCUAAUAUAGUUCUGAAAACUCUGAGCUCUUAGCAGUUGCCAAAUCUAGGGAAUCAACAUUUAUAUUGCUAUACCUGCAGUUAUUUUCCUAAAACCAUAAAAUAAGAAUAGCUAUGAUCUAACAGUUAUAAUGGCUGAAUGGAGCUCUUUUACUGGUUAGUACAGAGGAAUCUUGAUGCCGUAACGUAAUAUAUGUAAAACGUUUAUGUAUAGAGCCUAGUGCAUAAAACCUAGUGUUAGCAAUUACUUAUUAUUAGCUGAUGGCUUGCAUUUUGUCUGGUCAUCUGGAACUUGAGUAAUCCCCAAAUGCCUUCAUUCUUUUACCUAACUCCCUAAUCUUUUUGUGAAGUAGUUAGGAUUUACUGGAUAUCUCUAACUUUGGAGGUAACGUCAACAUUUUAUUUUGGGGGUUGGUUAGUGAAUAGAUGUCAAAUAUGUACUUUCUACUGCCAUCAAAGCAUAUUUUUACUUUAGGAAAUUUUUGAAAAGGAAUAUUUAUUCCCCCAAAACAAAAACCAACCAGAA